AUGGCUCGGCAGAAGAUAAAGAUAAAGAAAAUAGAUAAUGCAACAGCAAGGCAAGUGACAUUUUCGAAGAGAAGAAGAGGAAUCUUCAAGAAGGCUGAGGAGUUAUCAGUGUUGUGUGAUGCAGAAGUUGCUCUUAUUAUUUUCUCAACAACUGGGAAACUCUAUGAGUGUUGCAGUUCAAGUAUGAAGGACAUAAUUACAAGGUAUAAUCAGCACUCCCAACAAAACAACAAAUUGGACAAAACUCUACAACUGCAGGUAGAGAAAAGCAUGUCAGCUGAAUUGCAAAAGGAAUUUGCUGAUAAAACCCAACAACUAAGUGGCUUGAAAGGAGAAGAUGUUGAAGGAUUAAACUUAGAGGAGCUGCAGCAAUUGGAGAGAACACUCGAAACAGGACUCAAGCGUGUGUUUGAAAUGAAGGAAAAAAGAAUUAUGAAUGAGAUUGGUGCACUUCAGAUAAAGAGUGUCAAGUUAGAAGAGGAGAACAACCAUUUAAAGCAAAAGAUGGCUAUGCUUUUUAAGGGAAAAAAUCCUCUCUUGGGGGACUUGGAUGUUGCUACCAUGCAGGAAAUUGUGUCAUGUGAGUCCAUGAAUAAUGUAUGCAGCUGCAAUAGUGGACCUUCUCUUGAAGAUGAUUCAUCUGACACAUAUCUUAAGUUAGGGUUGCCAUUUCCGUGA